AUGCCCGACCGGUCAGGAUACCAGCCUCUGCUCCAGGACGUGGAUGGCGAGGAGGCCGACGUCUCCGAAGGACUCUCCUCACAGACGCUGCCAACACGAGGAUUACGCAGGGCAGGUCGCCCGGUGCACAUUGAUUUGAGCAAAUUAGACAACGCGUUCAAGAGGUGGACGGAGUCCAUUGCGCAGAAGGUGAAGCGGAAGAAGAAGGUCGAGGACAACUCGAAGAAGCAGAUUUGGCACAGCGUCUUCGAGCCCCAGUACAUCCCCUCCUUGACGUACUCCGGACCCACCAAGACGCUCGACCACAAACCGCCUAUGACAGCAGCCGACUUCGAGAUAUUUGUGGAAGCAGUCCGAGACGCCAUUGCGGAAGGCAUUCACCCCAAGAUGAUCACCAAGGGGUCUUCUGGCUCAUACUUUGCGCGUGCGAAGGUGGAUGGGCGCAUCCAAACUGUGGCUGUCUUCAAACCAAAGGAUGAGGAACCAUACGGACGUCUGAACCCGAAGACCACGAAGUGGCUGCACAGGCAAUUCCGGUGGAUCAUUCCCUUCGGACGUGCAUGCUUGAUUCCGAACCUAAGCUACAUCUCGGAGGCUGCUGCGUCUCUGCUUGACGAGCGCUUGUCCCUGAACAUCGUACCUCGAACGCAGCUCGUAUCCCUGUCUAGCCCUGCUUUCUUCUACGACUGGUUGGACAGGAACGGGGCCAAGAAGGGCAAACCAUUACCCGAGAAGAUCGGGAGCAUGCAGUAUUUCCUCCACGGCUUCACCGAUGCAUCUGACUUCCUGCGCAAGCACCCAUGGCCGGGUCGCGCCAUCUCUGACACAUUCGACGACGACAGCCAUCGAAAAGGUGGCUUCUCCAAGAAGUUCAUGAGUGCUGUCAAUGUGGUCUGCGGCAAGACUGGUGCAGAGGAAGAGGUUUACGACGAUGACGAAGAGAAUGACGACCGUAUAUUGUAUGACGCUUCCGAGGACAGAUCUGGACAGCCGUUCUACUGGACACCGGGCCUGCAGGACAGCUUCCGCGAGGAGCUAGAAAAACUUGUGAUCUUAGACUAUUUAAUGCUCAAUACUGACCGCGGCGCGGACAACUACAUGAUCAAGGUCUGCGAAGGCGACCAUUCCAAAUCUCUGGUGGACGUUGCGCCUUCACGAACAUCACGACCUGAGAUGCCCAUGAUGACAGAGUUGCGGCGAACGGACACGAACAACGGGCAGACCACCGCGGGCACCUCUACGCCCCCAAUGUACUCACAGCCAUACGCGAAUUCCUCGAUUCCGUACGUCAAGCAGCCGCACAUACAUAUUGCCGCCAUCGACAACUCGCUCUCGUUCCCGCACGAGCACCCGAAGGGCUGGCGCUCGUACACGUACGGCUGGCUGUACCUCCCGGUCACGAUCAUCGGCCGGCCGUUCAGCCAGAAGACGCGCGACCACUUCCUUCCGCUUUUGACAUCGAAGGAGUGGUGGGCGGAGACCACGUUCGAACUUCGGAAGCUAUUCGCAGUAGACCCGGACUUCCACCCGAAGAUGUUCAGGAGGCAACUGGCGGUGAUCAAGGGCCAGGCAUGGAACAUCGUGCAGUCUCUACGGCACACAGACGAAGGCCCGCUGGAGCUGACCCGGCGAACGAAGGUGCUCGUAUGGGACGACGACGUGCCCGUCUCCGAAGACAUGCUCCCGGACCUCCUCGCAGAGUCCGCGCACUCCGCACACGUCCCCGCAGUAUCGCCGCACGCGUCGAUCGCGACGAUGCCUCUCCCGAUGCCGCGCCGCACGCGCAGCCAGAGCAUCUCCGGCUUCCCGCCCCCGCCGAUGCGCCGCGUCGAGACAGACGUGACGGGCCUCUCGCGCCCCGUGUCCUUCUCCGCGAAGUUUCAGCGCGUACACCCCGCGACGACGGGCGUGACCGUGCUCGAACACAUGGAGCGCCUCGACGCGGUCGAGGCUGGCUUGAAGCGCAUUGGGGUCGAGGGCGGCGAAGAGGACGCGGAGGAAGAGCAGGAAGAGGUCGACGUCGGCGAGUCGUCCUCGUCCGUGCAGACGCUGCCGCAGCUCGUGCGCGUGCCCUCCAGUGCGCCCCCGACGCAGACGGUCUUCGGGACCCCGCCGUUGCUGCUGGAGCAGUCCUCAGAGGGCGGCGCGGGAGCGUUGUUGUCGCCGUCCGCGCGCUCGGAGCGGCUGCCCGCGGUGCCGGAGGCAGAGGACGCAUUGUCGAUGUCGAUGUCGUUCACAGAGGAGGACCUGAUCGCGAUGUCGAAAAGCACGUCGCACAUCGAGGCGCCGCACUCGACGCUGCACACCCGUUUCCAGAGCUACCACGGGUCGCAUUCCCAGGUGGAGCGCCCGAAUCUGGACUGGAUGCAGGGGGAGCCCGCGGAGAGCCCGAAGACGAGGACGGUCAUCGUCGAGCGUUUGGAGACCGUCGACGUGAAGCCGCUGUGUUCGUGCUGGUGA